CCCAGCCCACUAGUACUCGCAGGGGUCGCAUAGUCCCUCUCCUCACGCACGAAGAAGAAGCAACUUGCAGAUACAGAGAGAGAAACAAAAGCUAUAGAAUCAAAUUGGCGUUGUUGGAUUCCACACGGACACUGAGAUACGCUUUCAUGGUUGACAUUUCCUGUUGAAUGUUAGGUUUUUAGGGCUAAUUCGUGCUCGUUCCCUCCAACAAAAAGGCCCCUCUUCCAAAACCCUAGGAAACAGGAAGUUCAACGUGGCAAGGCCUCAAGGUGUUUCAGGUUGUGCCCUAGCUCACAAAUUCGUGAUUCUCGUGCGUAAUAAGAUGGGAGAUCAAACUCUUAGACAUUAGAGGUGGGAAUGCAUGGAUGUAAUUCUGGAUCGGCUGUCCUUGUAAAUGCUGAGGUUGAUUCCAUGGGAGGAGUUAUUGACGGCGGAGUUGGCAUAGGGUUGAAGACCUCUCCCCGCCAAGCAGCCAUUGAGAAGGCUCAGGCAGAGCUCAGACAGGAAUAUGAUGUUCGUGAGGAAAGAAAAAGAGAGCUAGAAUUUCUUGAAAAAGGGGGGAAUCCUCUGGACUUUAAGUUUGGGACUGCCGCUUCAGCUAGUGUCCAGUCUACCUCACUCACUGAUCAACACCAUGAGCAGUUUGUGACAAGUGAAGCAAAAGGUAGUUUUGCUUUGACGGCCUCCCCUCAUGGUGACUCUGUUGACAGUAGUGCUAGACCAGGUGCUCCCUCGGGUAGUGAACCAAAUACUGCUGAUAAUCUCGUAGUUUUGGGUAUUGAUAAAGAGUUACCUAAAGGCGAAAGGAGAUCUGCACAUCAAAGUAGAAGGAACAAUGUUACUCCGUCAGAGCAGUCUUCCAAAAUUGAUGGGAGUCAGAAUGCUAAGGACUCUGAAGAUUCUGCCAUUUUCCGCCCAUAUGCUCGAAGAAAUAGGUCCAGAACAAAUCAUGGUCCUCGGGGCAGCUCAAGGGAUGGGAAGGGGUUGGUAUCUGAAACUGGCAACUUGAAGGAACAUAAUUUGCCUUCUGUUUCUAAGCCCAAGCCUCCAAACAUAAAUGGAGAGGUAGUUACUAAAGAUAACAUUUCUAUCAAUCCGUUGGUUAGCAAAUCAGAUGGUGUCCGAGUUCAUCAAACAACUAGUGGCAAUAGCGUUCCUGAAGUUAAAUUGGAUAUCACUGCCCAAAGAAACUAUGAGGAAGAUCAGUGUACUCUACCUUCCCGAGAUGAUACUGUACAAAACCCAGUUGUCAUGGCUUCUAGGGAGACUGAUGCAGUUGAAGAAAGGGAGCCAGUAGCUGCUGCUGAUCUGGAGCCUCUGCCUAAAACUACAAAACCAGAAAACGAAACCUGUUCUGGCCAGCCAAAUGGAAUUGCCAACAUAAAAGCAGAUAAAAAGGGCAUAACGAAUGAAGAACAAAAUGGUGAUGCUGUGUUAUGUGUGAGGACUUUCAACUCAGGGUCUUCGUGCACCCAAAGUAGUGUAGGUAGAGAUGUUAAUAAUGAUAGUGAUAUGUGUAAUAAUGCUAAAAAUGUUAAUGGCAAUGGCAGCACUGUGGGAAAAAUGCCAGUAUUUGAUAAGAAACCAAAUGUAACUGGCUGUGAAGUAAAAGAAAGCAGCAAGGCCAAUGCCAGUGGAGGUGGGGCUACUGUUAAUGAUGGAAAUGAUGCUGGUUGUCUAAACCAUUCUGGUAGUGGUAAUAUGGUCAAAGCCGAGCAAGAUGCUUCUGUUAAUGGUUCAUCCAUGCAAAACAAGGUGAGUGAUUUUUCCAAUAUCAAGGGACAAAAUGACAGUACUGCAUCAAAAGCUGAGAAAGAGUUAGGUGGUGUCUUGGCGGAUCAUUCCAAUUGUGUCAAGGGCAAUAGCUCUGGAAGACACCAACAGGAGCCUAUGGAUGGGUCAAAUUGUGAACUUGCUCAGGCUGUUCUGGCGGAAAAGGUUUCAACUUCUGCCUCUGACCUUCAGCCAUGUUCCAAUCACCAUUUAUUGGCGGACAAGGCACGUGAAGAUUCUAUUUUGGAAGAGGCACGGAUUAUAGAGGCCAAGCGGAAGAGGAUCACAGAAUUGUCAUCAACUCGCACUUUACCCACACAGAACCAUAGAAAAUCUCACUGGGGUUUUGUCCUUGAGGAAAUGGCAUGGUUGGCAAAUGAUUUUGCACAGGAGAGACUUUGGAAGAUAACUGCUGCAGCACAAUUGUGUCAUCGAGCUGCUUUUACCUCUCGGUUAAGAUCUGAAGAGAAAAAUAAACAUAUGGGAAUUAAAGUUUUGGCUCACAACAUAGCUAAGGCUAUCAUGCAGUUCUGGCAUUCAGUUGAGCUGCUUCUAGAAAACAAUGAUGCUAGUAUUGACUACUCUGGUGCAUUCUCAGAAUCUGAGAAAGUUGAUGUGGUAGAAGCUUCUAGGAACAAGAGAAGAAAUUCAGAUGGGGAGAGAGAUGAAUAUUUGGAGGAACAUCCCAGAAAAAACUUGGCUAAGAAAGUCCAAGCUUAUGCUUUGAGGUUUUUGAAGCAUAGUAAGCCUCAUGAAACUUCUUCUCUAGCUGAAGCACCAGCAACACCUGAUAGGAUAUCUGAUUCAGGCACUCUGGGCAUGCCAUGGGAGGAACAUCUUACAGAAGAAAGUCUCUUCUACACAGUUCCUUCUACAUCAAUGGAAGCAUACCGGAAAUCUGUUGAAUCUCAUUUCCUACAUGUUGAGAAAACUGGGAGUAGCAUGCAAGAGGAAGUUGAUACAUCUAUUUAUGACACUGCACCAGAGUUUGGGUCGGAAGAGAAUGUGUAUGAUGAGGAUGAUGGAGAAACAAGCACUUACUACUUGCCUAGUGCCUAUGAGGGUAGAAAAUCAUCAAAAUCAACCCAUAAGAAGCAUAGAAACAUGAUGAAAUCUUACCCUCCAAGGUCCUGUGAGUUUGGGGCUGAUUUGCCCUAUGGAAAUUAUACAACUGGAUUUCAGCCGUCCAUGCUACUUGGCAAAAGGCCUGCUAGCUUAAAUGUUGGGCCUAUACCACCAAAACGGGUGCGCACAGCAUCUAGACAGAGAGUUGUAAGUCCUUUCACAGCUGGGGUCCCGGUGACAGUGCAGCCUCAAGUUAAGACAGAUGCUUCGAGUGGAGAUACCAAUUCCUUUCAGGAUGACCAAAGUACUUUACAUUGUGGAUCUCAGAUUCAGAGAAAUGUGGAAGUAGAGUCAAUGGGAGAGUUUGACAGGCCGUUACCGUACGACUGUGCUGAAACGUCUGUUAAAACAAAGAAGAAGAAGAAGGCAAAGAAUCUGGGUUCUACAUAUGAUCAAGGAUGGCAGGUCGAUUCAGUUCUAAAUGAACAG